AUGGCGUUGGAGACGGAGCACAAGAACGCCUUCGCCGUGGAAUCCGUCGAGCUCGCCGAGCACGGCGACGUUGGCAAGAACGUUGACGACGAUGGCCGUGAGAAGAGGACUGGUAAGCCUCUUCCCCUACCGUUUCUACGCUCUUGGCCAAGACAGGAUUCCGCUCAUGCGUUUCCUUGCUUUUCUUGCUCCACCGGCAGGGACUUUGUUAACGGCGAGCGCCCAUAUCAUAACGGCGGUGAUCGGGUCGGGGGUGCUGUCUCUGGCAUGGGCCAACGCUCAGUUAGGGUGGGUAGCUGGGCCAGUCGUCCUCAUGGCUUUCUCCGGAAUCACCUGGUUCACCUCCACGCUACUUGCAGACUGCUACCGCACCCCCGACCCCGUCACCGGGAAGAGGAACUACACCUACAUGGACGUCGUCAGGGCCAACCUUGGUAGCCCUCUGAAACCCAUUUAUUGCACCAUUUUCACCAUUCUUCUCUGCAUCGGAACUCAUCUUCUGACAAGGACUCCUCUCUCUCUCCCCCUAUUUAUCCGUCUGACUAUUAUCUCUCCUUCUUUUUCCUCUCAUUCGCCCCCCAGGUGGCCUCAAGGUCCUGUUUUGCGGGGUUGCUCAGUACUGCAACCUUAUCGGGGUCAGUAUUGGCUACACUAUCACGGGCUCCAUUAGCAUGGCGUAAGAGUCAAUCUUUCGGGCUUCUGGGCAUCUCCCUACUCUCCGUUCGAUAAUUUUAUUUGUGCUUUGAUAAUCUGAUCAGAGCCGUCCAGAGGUCCGACUGCUUCCACUCGGAGGGCCAUGUUGCUAGGUGCAUCGUCUCCAACUACGGCUUCAUGGCCAUCUUCGCCUCCAUCCAGAUUGUCCUCUCUCAGAUACCCAACUUCCACAAACUGUGGUGGCUCUCCAUCGUCGCCGCGGUCAUGUCCUUCGCUUACUCCUCCAUCGGCCUCGGCCUCUCCAUCGCCAGGAUCGCAGGUUCCAAUAUAGUAAAGAAAUAUCAUAUAUUUCUCUGCAUGCACUAUUUACCGCGGAUUUACUGACCUUUAAUUACUCAACAAGGGUAAGUAUUAUUUCCUUCUAAACCUGAUCCUGAGAGAUUCGCGGGGUGUGACUCGCAGAGAGACCGGAUGUGAGGACGACGCUCACGGGGGUGACGGUGGGGGUCGACGUGUCCGGCGCUCAGAAGGUCUGGAGGACGUUUCAAUCUCUUGGGAAUAUCGCCUUCGCCUACUCCUUCUCUAACGUCCUCAUCGAGAUCCAGGUAUCAUCUCUCUCUCUCUCUCUCUAUCUAUCUAUCUAUCUCUAUCUCUAUCUUCGUGUAUAUACAUAUCUACACGCACACAUCUGUCCAUCUAUCUCUCGCAAUCUCUCCCACUGGUUUACAUUCUUGGAGCAGUAGUUACUAUCGUUAUUCUCUAUUUACUCGGAAAGGGCAGACUCUAUGACCGACACAGAACUUUGAGGGCAUAUUAUGACCAAUCCGUGGCCGUUCGAGGCUACAGAAUGUCGGAUUUUCAAUGUGGUUGACUAUGCCUGAGGGGGAAAAUUCUUGACCGGUAGUCGUGCCCCGCCAGAUGCGUUCUUGUCUUUCCCUCCUGGACACGCGUGCCCUCGGAAUCCAUCGAUUCGGGGGGCCUUGGCUGCAUGCCCUUUUGUGCAAUAAAUACUUCUUUUGACGAAUCCAAACACAGUCCGUCCGUGGUCACCGUGGAAUCUACCUGGGUCUUCCUGGAAUUCCGAAUCAUUGGUUCUCAAUUUAAUAGAUAGUGAUAGGUAAGGAAAUAAAUAAAUUUCAAGAUGCUCCGUCAGGUUGGUUGUCAUGGCCCAAGUGAUCCCGGGGAUCGGCGAAGAGACUGGGUUAUCUGGGUUAGACUUGGACUAGGAUGAAGUCUACCUUGAAAUUUUACUGCCCAUUUUUAUUGACAUAGGUACAAAUUCUCUCUCUCUCUCGCUCUCUAACUCUAUUCUUAUCUAUAUUAGGUUUGGGUUUUGACAAAGUUCUGCUUAUAAGUUCUUCGGAUUUACGAAAACGUGUAAUUACCUCCCCCCCACCCCCGGCGUCUCUGUGUGUCUCUCUCUCGAUUCUUACCUGGGUUAAAUUUGAACUUUGAUAAGUCCUACGGCUUUAUAACCAUAUGUAAUUCUUUCUUUCCCUCCCUCCCUCUCUCUCUCUGUAUAUAUCUCUCUCUAUGGGUGAAGUUUGGGUUUUGGAUUAAGUCAUCUUAGAAUUCUUCUGGAUUUAUCCUCACAUGUGCGAUUAUCUCUCCCUUUAUCCAUGCUAAUGUUUAGACUUCUAUGAGUCCAGUUUUAUUGCCGGCGGUGCAGUUCACUCUCGUCUGCGUCAAGAUUAGGCUUUUGGCAAUAAACCUCAGCUUAGAAGCCCGGAUUUAUUGUCGCACGAGGCAUUCCCUCCUCCCUCCCUCUCUCUCUCUCUCUCUCUCUCUCUCUCUGUGCCCGAAGAUGAACAUGAGAGACAGGCCUACAUAACGCCAUCCUUGAUUAGAGUCCAUCCAACUUGGACAUGCAGUCCAUGGAGAGUAGAUAACUUCUGAGUUAUUAUUUUUAUCGCGGCGGCGGUGCCUGAUGAUAUGUAUCCGAACUCAGGACACCUUGAGGUCGAGCCCCCCGGAGAACCAGGUGAUGAAGAAGGCCUCAUUCGUCGGCGUGUCCACGACGACGGUUUUCUACGUGCUCUGCGGCUGCCUGGGCUACGCGGCCUUCGGCAACGCAGCUCCCGGCAACUUCCUCACCGGCUUCGGCUUCUACGAGCCCUUCUGGCUCGUCGACAUCGGCAACGUGUGCAUCGCCAUCCAUCUCGUCGGCGCCUACCAGGUUCGCUUCCCUAGCACACCUCUCUCCUCUCCGAUUCUUGACGUUACUUCUCUCAAUUAUUUGCCGCCGGUCGGUUGUCGUCGGGCGAUGGCUUUUUAGGUUUGACUCCUUUCGUACUCACUUUGUUCCAUGACCACGGCGGCGGCGACGGGUGUGGGUUCCCCACCCGGAAAGAGCCACUGCGCCGCCCCUUGAGAGAGAGAGGGGGGGAGAGAGAGAGGAGCACAGAAGAGAAGGUCGCAUAUUGUUGACCUUGCUCGCACGUGCUGCAGAGUCGGGCACGAAACAGCCUCCAGGGUUUUACAGCAGCAGACGGGGAGAGAGAGAGAGAGAGACUGACAUGAAUUCCUGAUGGGGGAAUUGCAGGUGUUCUGCCAGCCGAUCUACCAGUUCGUGGAGACGAAGAGCCGGGGGAGGUGGCCGGAGAGCAGCUUCAUAUGCAGGGAGUACUCUCUGAGGGCCCCGGUGGUGGGCGAGUUCUCCGUCAACCUCUUCCGGGUGGUGUGGCGGACCUGGUACGUCGUCGUCACCGCCGUGCUCGCCAUGAUCUUCCCCUUCUUCAACGACUUCCUGGGGCUCAUCGGGGCCUUCGCCUUCUGGCCCCUCACCGUCUACUUCCCCGUCGAGAUGUACAUCGCCCAGGCCAAGAUCCCCCGCGGCUCCUCCGUCUGGAUCGGGCUCAAGAUGCUCAGCUUCGUCUGCCUGGUGAUCUCCGUUGUGGCGGCGCUGGGCUCUAUCCAGGGUCUAGCCACCGACGUCUCCGACUACAAGCCCUUCAAGACGGUGGGUUAG